GUCCUUCAGCCCAGAUUGUCACCAAGUUGCCUGUGCAAAGCCAAUGUGCGGGCCAGGAGUGGCUUUGGACACGCUCGCGUCUUGAAGAAUGUGAAGUUUCUCGUUGGGUCCGCGUUGGGCCCCGUGGUCUCGUGGCGCGAUGGCGACCGGAGCAUCUUGUGCUGGUACAGGGCUUCCUGUUCUUCUUUGAGUCUGAGGAGCCAUUGCAAGUCGUCCAUGCGCUCAGCCUCUCGUCUGUUGUGUCCGUCACAGGCAGCGACCAGGCACCGCGCAACGGCGGGUUCUCCGGCGAGGAGCCCUGUCUUUUGCUUCAAGCAGUUGUUGGAGGUCGAUCGGAGGCCGUCCGCCUACGCUUUGCCGAUGAAGAAGAGACGUUGCGGUGGCAGCAACGUUUGGAGGCUGCCAAAGAGUCUGCGAAGACGCCGCAGCCGGAAUUCUUUGUGCCCACCGCAAGGUUGUGGCAGGUGCUGGAGGUGUGGAAGAAGGAGGCUGAAAGUACCAAGAGGGCCGCGGUCUCCAAGCUGCAUCAGGAGCUGGGGCAGUGGAGAUUCCCAGCUCAAGCGCUGCUGCUACAGACUUGGAUGAAGCAGCGCUUGUCGAGCCGCCUCAAUCUCUUCCUGCACCGAGCCUGCAGGGUGAGCGACAGAAAAGGUGCUGGGAUGGUAGCGGCAUCUCUAGCAGCUUUGCAUCUCUCACGCGCAGCGCAGACGCUGAAACGAAAGCGGCUGCUCUGGGCUUUUCGAAGCAUGUCGCGUUGGCGUCCCUUGCAAGGUCUGGAGAGCCUUCUCCGCUGCAGAGUACGCCGCACCUCAUAUGCGAUGCUGAAGGUGCUUCUACACUCAUGGCUGCGUGCUGCGGUUGAGUUAGCUGCCUCUGCACGAGGUCCCGAAGUGAAGCACUCCAUGGUUCUGUCUUGCCAGGUGCCGGUGCAAGCCGCUGCCUGGGAUGCUUGGCGACGUGCUGCUGCCGCAGAGGCCCUCCGAAGGCACCAGGACGUGCUGGACAACGUGCUGGACACGAACCUGGCACUUGUGCAGGAUUGCCAGGAAAUCGCCGUCAAAGUUGCUCUGCAGCGCCUGGUUGUGGCGGUUGGUCGCGCUCGCUGCAGAGUGAAGGCGCAAGCGUACUUGGCGCUGUGCUUCCAUCACGGAAACAACAUCAUCCCCAAUGUGCAUUUUCGCAAGAUCAAUGGAUGCCAAGCCGGACGCAAGAACCGUGUGUUCAUGCGCACCUGGUUGGACCAGGCUGGUCGCAAGAAGCGUCGAUCCAACGCGCGCAAGGCCAAGGCAGCCAAGGUGUUCCCGCGGCCGGCUGCCGGCUUGCUGCGGCCGGUUGUGCACCCUCCAACACAGCGUUACAACAUGAAGCUUCGCCUUGGCAAGGGCUUCACCCUUGACGAGCUCAAAGAGGCGAAGAUCCCAAAGAAGUACGCAAAGACCAUUGGCAUUGCCAUUGACCACCGCCGCAGAAAUCGCUGCACGGAGAGCCUCCAGGCCAACGUAGAGCGCCUGAAGCUUUACAUGUCCAAGCUCCUCCUCUUCCCAAAGAAGGCAGGUGCCAAGAAGGUGCGAAAGGGCGACACGCCGCGCUCGGAGCUUCAGAACGUGGCCCAGAACACGCUCAAGGAGAUCAUCCCUGUGCCCAAGCCGGAGAAGCGCACCCGUGCCCGUGCCAUCACUGCCGAGGAGAAGGAGGCGUCGGCUUACAAGCAGCUCAAGAAGGCACGCACCAACAAGCACUAUCUGGGCGAGCGCAUGAAGAAGGCCAAGGAUGCAGCGGCCAAGGCCGGGACCGGAGCCGGCUACGACCUCUCUGUUACCACCUUUUCCCCCGACGGCCGAGUCUUCCAGGUGGAGUAUGCUGGGAAGGCCGUGGAGAACAGCGGGACAACGCUUGCGAUUUGCUGCAAGGACGGUGUGGUGUUCGCAGCAGAGAAGUUCUUGCAACUGGGCAUUCACGGCACCUGCCACACGCUGCCAUUGCUUGUGGUAUGCUCUAGGCAAUAUCAGAACGCGCAGCGAGCUCAGUGUGGAAAGCUUCUCCUGGGCUGCUGCUGCGGUACUGUGAGGAAGUUCCACCAGAGCUUUUGGCUGAACGAGCGGUCCUCGGACAGGUACUGGUCCGUGCGUCCGUUCGGCUGUGCGGUUCUGCUCGGCUGCGUGGAUGAGGAGACCAAAAAGCCCGACUUAUUCUGCAUUGAGCCCAACGGCAUGGUCUACAAGUACACAGCCACAGCAGAGGGCAAGGGCAAGCAGGCAGCCAAGACAGAGAUCGAGAAGGUUUUGGCGAACAAUCCAGAGCUCACCUGUGAACAAGCCCUCGUCCACGUUGCAAAGAUCAUUCACAAGGUGCACGAUGAAAAGGACAAGGAUUUCGAGCUGGAGAUCUCGUGGAUCUGUCCGGCAUCGAAUUACCAGGCAAGGGGCACUGCCAUUCCCUCCGUGUUGUGUUCAUGCACGAGCCUGCUUACCGCUUCAGGUCUUUCCGAGUCAUUUGGUCAGAACGUGUCCACUUCCGUAUAUCAUGAAUGCAGACGAACGACUGUCUUUGUUCGGUUGCUCCGUGAUCCACGCCGGUCAACGUCAAUCAACGUGAUCAUGAAGCUUCAGUCGGAUUCUCGGGAAAGCUGGCUCGAGAUGGUGAAUUGA